UGCUUAUUGGCUUUUUUUUUUUUUUUUAAUUGGAAGUUGAGGGUUCGACAGAGUCGGCACGAUGGAGCCUUUUCUUGCAUCGACGCAUACAUCCAUUUGUAAUUCAAAAUCGAGGCCUCGACAGUUGUUGGACGAAGUUGACACAACGGAGCCUUUUUUUUCUUGCUCAAUUGAUCAAUUAAUCCAUUGAUUGAUCAAUCAAUGAAUCAAUCAAUCAUUUUUUCUUUCUCUAUGCCUGUUUUCUCUCUCUCUCUCUCUCUCUCUCUCUCUCUCUCUCUCUCUCUCUCUCUCUCUCUCUCUCUCUCUCUCUCUCUCUCUUUUCAAUCAAUCAAUGAAUUUUAUCGAUUAAUUGGUUGAUUGUUUUUCCAUGGUGGUUUCCGCAUGUACUCAAAUGAAUAUGGUGGUCGACAACCAGGUAGAUAGACCGGUGGAAGGAAUAUCAUGGUCCAAUGUGUUGAGGCAAAUUCGGGCACGUAGUGAUGGGCAUUGUCUAUCUGGAAAAUGGCUCGCCGAUGCUCGCACGGAGAGGAAAUAUCUUGAGGAAUGUAGUGAACAAUACGAGUAUGGCAUGGCUUCGCAAAUUCAUGACAUGGAGCAGCGUCUGCUUCAGCGUAAGUCUGAAGUGCCUUAUGGUAUUGCAGGUAAGGUUCCGAACGAUUCCGCAUUAAAAGGAGAAUGCGGCCGCUAUAUGAUUGACAAUGAAGGCCUUCGGUGGACUCAGGACGAGUUGCUUGGGAUGUUGAAGAAAAAGGAGGCGGAAGUGACUGCCCUGAGGAUUGCAUUCGCAAAAAUUGAGGUGAAUGCAGGAUCAGUGCUUGAAAGUUUCCUGGAAAGGAAACGAAGUGAAGAGGUGAGAGAUUGGUCUUUGUCCAGUAGUGUGGAUGGGAAGAAGGAGGAGAAUGUUGGCGAGGAUAUUGCCAGCCAACUUACGUCUUUAAUCCAAUCCUCGAUUAGAAAUGACUUGCUUGACCAAGUUGCUGAGCUUAGUACUAAAGUUGAUCUGCAUCUGUUCCAAGUGUGUGAGUAUUUGCAUCUUUGUUGUGAAACAGCCGAGAGUGGAUUGAGAAAAUUGUUGUCGGCAGGUGUCUUGUCAUCGAUUGAUCCUUCUUUUACAUCAGAGGUGUUUGAGCUUCCAUUAGGUCGAACUUUCGAAGAGCUUCCGAAAAGUUGUUUGAUUGGUAUGUUGCAAUCAUUGCGAACAGUUGGUAUGGAGCUUGCACAUAGAAAUGCGCUUUUGCAGGUGCAAAAUACAAUGAGCUUUCCGGUAAGCGAUAGCCUGUUGAGAGCGACAGUUAUUACUCUCGGAGAAUUGUACAAGGACGCACGAGAAGAGUUAAUGGACACUACGUAUCAACAUAGUUUCUCGGAUCAGUGCGGUGAGGGACUGACGGAUAGCAUGAUGGCGAGGUACAAGGAACAAAUGUAUAGCCUCAGAAUUUUGUUAUCAAAUAUUAUUGUUGCUCAUUCGCCGGUGCGAGUUAUGAAGGAGAUGAGUCGUGUAAAAAAGGAAUAGAAUGCUCUCGCCAGCAUAAAUAAAAAGCAUGAGACCAG